GUCAGUUGUGAACAGAGAGAGAAUUCAGUGUCACUGAGCUGCGGGCUGCACGGGAGACAGAGAAAGUUCCCGGGGCUCAGGCUGGCAUGCAUGGGCAUCUCAGGAAGUGCAGGGGCAGCCUGGCAUACAUGGGCAUCUCAGGCAUAGGACAGCAGCUGUAUAGGGUAAUGCACUGAGAGAUGGAGGGGAUCUGUGCAUAAUCCACACAUCACUUCCAUUCAUCUCUGACAGCAGAGGAGGGUGAGAAUAAUACCUGUGGAGGACCGCCACAGCCUUAACAUGAGAGGCUUGUACUCCUAAUCCCCCCUGAGCUAGAGUCCUCUGCGUGCCACCCUGGGCAGCGCCAUAUUUUGUCACAUUUGGGAAUGGGGUCAUUGGUCCAUCUUUUGUUUGUGUGGCAUGUAUUUUCCGGUGCCCAUAGCUUGGUGCCUUUGUCAGAUUUCUACCCAUUUGGUCCACAAGAAGGCGACUCGGUGACCCGCAGGCAGGAUGACGGCGGAUCUGGACUACUACCCAUCUCCAGAGCCUUCACCUUCUUCGGGGACAAGCACAGCAGCCUUUACGUAAAUAAUAAUGGGGUUGUGUCCUUCCUUCGUGAGGUGUCCCAGUUUACUCCUGUGGCAUUUCCUAUUUCUGGCGACCGGAGAGUUGUGGCAGCAUAUUGGGCUGAUGUGGAUAACCGCAGAGGAGGGGAUGUAUUCUAUCGGGAGACUGAGGACCCCAGAAUCUUGAGACGUGCCAACCAGGAUGUACACACUUACUUUCCUGAGUUACAGAACUUCAGUGCCACCUGGGUCUUCAUUGCCACUUGGCACAGAGUCACUUUCUAUGGCGGAGAUGCCAGUUCACCGGUAAACACCUUCCAGAUUGUCUUGAUUACAGAUGGACUUCGAUCCUUCACCAUCUUCAACUAUGAGAUCAUCCAGUGGACCACCGGUCGACAUGCAAGCAGCGGAGGUGACAGCUUGGGUAGAGGUGGCAUUGCUGCGCAGGCAGGCUUCAAUGCAGGAGAUGGCUGGAGGUAUUUUAAUAUUCCCGGCUCUCGCACGGAUGACAUUGCAGAGAUUGCAAACACCACUAAUGUAGGAACACCUGGACGUUGGGUUUUUCGAAUUGACAACAACCAUGUGCAGGUCGGGGGAUGCAGCAACGCAACCUCUGUUUGCUGGACUCUGCGCCCCUGCCGCAAUGGUGGCAGAUGUAUUGAUGACUGUGUCACUGGGAACCCUUCUUACACAUGUUCCUGUCUAAGUGGCUUCACCGGGAAACACUGUCAUAUCGAUAUGGGAAGAUGCUUCUCUCAGCCAUGUCAGAAUGGAGGCACCUGUGUGGAUAGACCCAGAUCUUUCUCCUGUAUAUGUCCGACAGACUUUACUGGACCAUUGUGCGAGACAGAGGUAUCGCCCUGCACUGGCAAGGAAUGUUGGAAUGGAGGAGUCUGCCAUGUUUACAAUGGGAUUGCAGUGUGCCAAUGUCACCCAAGAUAUACAGGCGACCAGUGUGAGACAGAGAUAAGACCCUGCUCAUCUACUCCUUGUCUAAAUGGAGGAAUCUGUGAAGAUUUUGGGACAACAUACCGCUGUCUAUGCAGUUCGGGAUUCACAGGGGCAGACUGUGAAAGAGAAGUCAGACCUUGCUCUUCUGGUCCCUGUUUAAAUGGAGGAACCUGUGUGGAGUCGGGUCUAAGUUACAGUUGUUCUUGCUCAUCCUGGUUCACUGGAGCACACUGUGAGAAUGAGAUCAGACCGUGCUUUUCACUUCCAUGUAUGAAUGGGGCAACAUGUGAAGAUCUGGGUGAUACCUACUCUUGUCUCUGUACACGGGGAUUUACUGGUUUGAACUGCGAGACAGAGCUUAAGCCCUGUUUUUCCUCUCCGUGUCUAAAUGGUGGCCUCUGUGAAGAUGUGGGUUCUAGUUUCAGAUGCUUGUGUCUGCAGAGAUUCACUGGAAGAAGAUGUGAGACGGAGCUCACACCAUGUUCUUCAUCUCCUUGUCUCAACGGAGGAAUGUGUGAGGAUGUGGCUGAUACAUACAGAUGUGAGUGCAAGCCGAGGUUUACUGGGAGACACUGCGAAGCUGAGAUCAGGCCAUGCUUCUCUGAUCCGUGUCUCAAUGGCGGUACCUGUGAAGAUGAUGGAGACCACUACAUCUGCUUGUGCAGGCAGGGCUUUAUCGGAGCACACUGUGAGACAGAGAUCCGACCGUGUUGGUCAUCUCCAUGCCUUAAUGGAGGAAUCUGCAAAGACUUGGUUGACGGUUAUAGCUGCAUUUGUACAGGGGCCUUUACUGGUGACAGAUGUGAAACAGAGAUCCGGCCCUGUUCUUCUUCUCCUUGCCUAAAUGGAGGAUUAUGUAAGGAUCUUGGUGCUGAGUACAGUUGUUUCUGUCCAAGAGGAUUCACCGGAGUGCGUUGUGAAGCAGAGCUUAGACCCUGCUCAUCUUUUCCAUGUCUUAAUGGUGGCAUCUGUGAGGAUACAGCUGAAGGAUACAUCUGUGUGUGUAAUCAAGGAUACACUGGAAAUCACUGCCAGACAGAAAUCAGGCCUUGUUCUUCAUCUCCUUGCCUGAAUGGGGGUGUGUGCAGAGACGUGGGAAGCACUUAUAUAUGUGUUUGUGCGCAAGGAUUCACCGGGAUGCACUGUGAAAAUGAAGUCAGACCUUGUUCCUCCUCUCCAUGUCUGAAUGGUGGAAUGUGCAAAGAUCAAGUUGAUGGCUACAGCUGUGUGUGUACAUGGGGAUUCACCGGGAAACACUGCGAGACUGAGUUCAGGCCUUGCUUGUCCUCACCUUGUGUCAAUGGUGGUACCUGCGAGGACAUGGGCGAUGGUUACGUCUGUUUGUGCAACACCGAAUUUACUGGAGUACAUUGUGAGACAGAGAUCUUGGAUCUUCCAGGACCAUGCUCCUCCUCUCCAUGUCAGAACGAUGGCGUAUGCAGAGAAUCAGAGGAUGCGUAUUUGUGUGAUUGUCCUGCAGCGUAUACUGGGAUCCACUGUGAGAACCAUUUGUCCGAUGGCUGUGCCUGUAGGAAUGGGGGACGCUGUGCUGAUGGAAACAACACCUGUCAUUGCCUUCCGGGGUUCUUUGGACUUCAUUGUGAAUAUGAGGUCACGUCUCUGCCCUGCAGUAUGGGCUCUAAGUGCCCAGAUGGAGGCUCCUGCAUGGAAUAUGGGGGCAGCUACCGGUGUGUGUGUCACACGGACUAUAUCAUCAGCAACCACUCACUGCCCUCUCCCUGUGACUCGGAUCCCUGCUUGAAUGGAGGAAGAUGUGAAUCUCAGGAUGAUACCUAUUCCUGUGUGUGUCCCCGAGGAUUCAUUGGAAAAAUGUGUGAAAGGGUAAAGCCGGCCCUGUGUAGUCUGUUACCGUGUCGAAAUGGAGGAACAUGUAAGGAGUCGAAUGAUGAUUAUUACUGCAUGUGCCCUUAUCCCUUCACUGGAAAACACUGUGAGACGGGAAUGAGAGGCCCUUGCUCAUCUGGUCCAUGUCACAAUGGAGGCACUUGUUUUCACUAUCUCGGCAAAUACAAAUGUGAUUGUCAACCACACUUCUCUGGCCGACACUGUGAGAAAGCUGAAUUGGACUGUGGACCUCCAGAACAUGUGAAAUAUGCCAAAGUAAUUGUAACAUCAACAUGGCCUGGUGGAAAAGCUGAAUACCAUUGUAACGAAGGAUACAUAUUGAGCGGCCCAAACAAUACCUGCAUAUGCAGCGAGGAUGGCAUGUGGAGUGAAGCUCCACAGUGUGAGGAAAUUGAUGAGUGUCAGUCACAGCCAUGCCAAAAUGGUGCCGUGUGCAAGGACCGUGUGUCCCACUUCUUAUGUGAUUGUCAAGAAGGAUACAGUGGAAACCAUUGUGAAUUCGACAUAAAUGAAUGCUCCUCUGAUCCAUGUAAAAAUGGAGGAACUUGUCAGAAUUUACAUGGGGCCUACCUUUGUACCUGCCCCGAAGGAUUUGUUGGCACCCACUGUGAAACUGAGUUGGAUGGUUGUCAGUCUUCUCCUUGUCAGAAUGGAGGCAAGUGCGAGAAUUUGGCAGGUUCUUACCUGUGUGUGUGCCCUAGAGGUUUCUAUGGCUAUCACUGCCAGACCGUAAGCGACCUGUGCUUGCUGAACCCAUGUGGCAGCCGUGGAGUCUGUGUGUCCAGUGCAGAGGGUGCAGUCAGCUGUAAUUGCCGAACUGGCUACACUGGUAUCACUUGUGAAAGAGAUCUGCUGCCUCCUCUGUCUUUGUCGCUGGGUGCUGUGGGAGAGAACAGUGUAUGGGUCUUUUGGACACCUCCCGAGGAAGUGCCAGGACAUUUAUCGGAUGGUUUUGCUGUGAGCUACAUAGCUCCAGAUGGCUCCUCAAGAACAGACUUUGUGGAGAGAGGUCAAACAGAGCAUGAGUUGCGGGGCCUCAGCCCAGGGCGCCCUUAUAACAUCACGAUUGUCAGUGUGAAACGCAACCUACGCCACAAUGAUAUAAGCCGCUCACUUACGCUCUCUGCCCGCACAAGACCACCAACAGUGGACAGACCACGAGUCAGUUCUGUGACAGAGUUUUCCAUUACCGUUUCUUGGUCACUCAACCCACACAGACACUUGCCAGUGGCGCAUGUCAGACUGGCCUUGCAGCACCCAAAUGAAAGGAUUCAGCAAGCAGAGCAAGAGCCCUCAGCAGGAGAAUAUACAUUUAGAGAUUUACAGCCUGGUGAAAAAUAUUCCAUUCAAAUCAGUACUUUGAGCAGUUCUGACCCUGGGAACCCAUCUUCAGAGAGCCUGCCCAGUGUACCCCUGAUAACUUGGACACGUCCACUUCCUCCCAGUAACUUCUCAGCAGUACUGGUCACUACAAGCACUGUGCACUUAAAUUGGGAUCUACCCCCUGACGGCUCUGUGGAUGGAUACAUAUUUAACGUAACACACAACCACAGCACCAAGAGUCGAUACAUACCUAAUGGGAAGAUGACAUCAUAUACUGUGAGAGACCUACAGCCCGGUCAGAGAUACCGGAUUACUGUGACUGCCCUGCGUAAUAGUCCUCAAGGUCCUGUGAAUAGUGACCCAAAGACUCUAAGGAUACAGACAUUGCAGAGGGAGGGAGCACCAGAGCCCAGAUGGACAUCUCCUAGGAUUUUAAGGAACAGACCUCCACCACAGACUCCACCAGAAAUACGCAUGCUAACAGAGAGGGGUCCUCCUCCAGCUGAGACUCCACAAGCCCACAGGUUUACAGAGCUGACAGAUGGGCGAAGACGUAUCACUGCUCGAUUUAGUCAUCAUACCAACAGGUCCAUCAACAUCACUAAAGAACCUGAAGCUCCUAUCAGAGUGGAAAAUACUGACGAGUCCUCCAUCCCCAUAAGACAAGCACUGCAACUGCAAGACCCAGAGCAAAGCAACAGAGGUGGUACCCGUGGAGGCUGCUUGGAAACACCAUGCAAUAAUGGAGGAACCUGUGUGAAUGGAGAAAUCUGUGACUGCCCACCAGGAUUCAAAGGGCAGCAGUGCCAGUUAGCCUGCAGAAAAGAAUCCUUUGCCUGCACCAGACUCUACUCGGAAACGCUGUCACAUCCUGUGUGGGAGGGAGGAGUAUGCCACCACCUGUACAGGCGGGUGUAUAAGAUACAACAUGAUGUAUGCUCCAGAGAGAUCUGUGAAGGCACUGCCAGAGGCCGACCAAAAAAGAAAGUCCCAAGCAAACCUUGAAGAUCACAUCAGAUACAGAUACACUAGCCUAGCCACUGCUUGGGGAUGGAUUCAUACAUCGCAUGGCCCCACGUGAGGCACUGAGCUUGUCUGCCCCUCUCCCCAACUUCAUGGGACCCUGCAACUUCUCUUAGUAUGCAAAGGCACAGCUGGCACCGGCCAUGAAACGCCGUCACCGAGUGACCAGAGGAAGAACUCUCAUUGGCCAUGUCUGCUGGGGUCCAUUUGGGUGGCAUUCACUUUUCUCUUCAGCCAAAGAUCUGCAAGACCAUUACUCCUUCUGGCUCCAGGCCUGGUGACAUUUGUAUGGUCAGACAGGCAGAGUGCAGAAUUGCUGCCUCUGCUACCAAUCUCAAAGAAAUCACUCAGAUCAUCUCUUUUCACACUCAGUGACUCAAACUGGCCCAGUGCUGGCCCCAAUAUUGGAAUAUGUAGCACAAGACUCCCCAUAACCAUGUCUGUUUAAUUCUCUCCAAUGCUGGAAUGACCUGCAGGUCGUUACUCUCUUGUGCUCCUAUGACCUGGCACAGGCAAAAUGGAUUAGUACUUGGGAGAUGGAAACCUCUCUACUUUGAUGACCACAGAUAAGUCUCUGCUGCUCUGUUUCAUCACUGCAUCUGCAAGUACAGUUUGACAUGGUAAAACGUCUCAAUUAUUAUGUAGCUUAGAGAUUGAUAGGACAGUACCAGACAAAUCAAGAAGCUCGUUGUGCAAUUUAUUUUUUUAUUGAGACUCUAAAGCAUUUUGUGUAUGUGGGAUGUCCCAGUUCCGUGUCACAAGGAGAUGGGUCUAGAAUUGCUUAUUCAGGAUGAUAGUGCUGUACCUGGAAAUGACCGCGUCCCACUUACGCUGUAGCAGCAGCAGGUAGUCAGAGCGUCGUGCACAUGACUUUUUACCAGCUCAGGCAGCAGCAUGUCAGGUUGGACCUCCAGGUGAGGAACCACAGCACUCAGAGCUGCACCUAAGAAGAUUGGGCUCUAACAGUGUGGUGUGUGUGUGUGUCACGUUUUGCCGUCAGAUCAGACGCUUUUUGUUUUUUGUGUUUUUUUUUUGUUUUUAUAAUAAAACAUUUUAUAAAAUACAUUUGUUUUGUUCUCUUGUUCAUCUGGCAAGCAUAUUCAUUCUUUGUAGAUUAAAUACAGGACAUAAAGAGGACUAGCUAAUUCUUACAGGACUGGGAGCUUAAGGUGGCUCUGGAAAAAAUAAAAAAAUAAAAGAGGCCCCUAUGUGGUAGGUAGGUACAAACUGACAAAAGACUGCGCAACACAAGUAGGCGAAGCCGAAAAUACCAUAGUGUAGCACAAAAUGCUACUCGAGCAGAACCAGAUACUACAAUGCAGCACAAAAUACUGCUGUAUGAAACCGUAUCAUUGUCCUGAGGAUGGCGAUACUACAGUUGAAUUCAGGAAGGCACCUGUGGCCAUCAGCCAGGCACAUAAGUACCUGAUGCUCCUAGCAUUAAUUACUGCUGAGAGCAUUAUAUUGUGAAGUAUUCAGUCAGCAGCAAUGAGGAGGAUUCAGGCAGCCCCCUGGGCAUUGGACCACCGGGAAAUUUGGCCAGUUCGCCCCUGAGUGCUUACAAACUGGUUGCACAACCAAAAACAUCGCUGCACUAAGUGUAAUGAUGAAUGGCCCUAGUAUUACAUGAAGAGCGUACAGCAGCGAUUACAAAAAUAUAUCUGCAUUAUUCCAGCACCAUGCGACUGUAUAUACUUUAUUUCUUUCAGUCAUAUGUCCCAACAACCAGGA